UUACUGGCGGUAGAAGAUGGAGGCGGCCACGGAGGAGCCCUCGGCCCCGGAGCAGGAGGCCUCCGGCCCGGCAGCAGCAGCGGUGCUGGCCCCGGUGCUGGCCCCGGAGAUGUGCGAGCUGUACCGGCUGCAGGAGGCCGGGCUGCGGCGGCGGAGGCACCGGGAGCUGGUGGACCGGGACCGGAGGAGGAGGCAGUACCUGCGGAGGAGACGAGCCUUCCUCCUGUCCUCCGUGGCGGCGGCGCUCAGCCUCCUGUCCGGCACCAGCCGGCCCGUGUGGGUCCGGGACCGGGGCCCGGGGCAGAACCUGUGGGCCGCGGCCGAGGCCUUCGACGACGAGCAGUGGAAGGCGCAGUUCCGCGUGUCCCGGUCCACCUUCGACUUCCUGCUGGAGCUCAUCGGGCCCGCCAUCAAGCGCCGCCGGACGAACUACCGGGUCCCGAUCGAGCCGGGCCGGCGGCUGGCCAUCACCCUGUGGUGGCUGGCCCGCUCCGGGGAGUACCGCUCCAUCGCGGACAUGUUCGGAGUCGGCAUCGCCACCGUGUGCAACAUCGUGCGGCAGGUGGCCUGCGCGCUGGUGCAGCGGCUGUUCCACCGGUUCGUGUCGCUCCCCUCCGGGCCCCGGCUGGACGCCACGCUGCAGGCCUUCCGGGACCGGUGCUACCCGCAGUGCGCCGGGGCCAUCGGCGGGACCCACAUCCCCAUCGCCCCCCCCAGGGACAACCCGGACCACUACAUCAACCGCAGCGGCUGGCACUCCGUCAUCCUGCAGGCGGUGGUGGACCACAACGUCCGCUUCACGGACGUGUACGCCGGUUGGCCCGGAAGCAGCAACAGCGCCACCGUGCUGUGCAGUUCCGACCUGUACCUGAAAGCUGAGGACCGGCCCGACGGGUACCUGUUCCCCAGAGAGAGGUCGCUCCUGUCCGACGGCGUGGAGAUCCCCGUGCACCUGAUCGGCGACGCCUCCUUCCCUCUGAAGCCGUGGCUGAUGAAAGGUUACAGCGAGGAGCAGCAGCUGUCCCCGGAGCAGCGCCGCUUCUCCUACACCGUGAGCUCCGCCCGCUCCGUGGUCGACGCCGCCUUCACCCGCCUGAAAGGACGCUGGAGGUGUCUGCUGAAGAAGAGCGACAUCGACAUCUCCAUGAUGCCCCGGGUCGUGGCGGCGUGCUGCGUCCUGCACAACGUCUGCGAAGCGCGAGGAGACGGCUUCCUCCCGGAGUGGAGCGUGGACACGUCCCCCUCGGGGGCGUGUCUCCGUCAGCCCGACCCCGAAGCGUACGCAGGAGACACGUACUGCACGGCCGAGGUCAUCAGAGACACCGUCACCUACAACCUGCUGAGCAUCCUGCAGUACUGAGACAGGUCCCUGUUACCAUGGUGACGGUCCCCGGGGACACCUGCAGUACUGAGACAGGUCCCUGUUACCAUGGUGACGGUCCCAGGGGACACCUGCAGUACUGAGACAGGUCCCUGUUACCAUGGUGACUGUCCCAGGGGACACCUGCAGUACUGAGACAGGUCCCUGUUACCAUGGUGACUGUCCCAGGGGACACCUGCAGUACUGAGACAGGUCCCUGUUACCAUGGUGACUGUCCCAGGGGACACCUGCAGUACUGAGACAGGUCCCUGUUACCAUGGUGACUGUCCCAGGGGACACCUGCAGUACUGAGACAGGUCCCUGUUUCCAUGGUGACGGUCCCCGGGGACACCUGCAGUACUGAGACAGGUCCCUGUUACCAUGGUGACUGUCCCAGGGGGACACCUGCAGUACUGAGCCCAGAGACAGGGUCCCUGUUACCAUGGUGACGGUCCCCGGGGACACCUGCAGUACUGAGCCCAGGGUCCCUGUUACCAUGGUGACGGUCCCCGGGGACACCUGCAGUACCGAGCCCAGAGACAGGUCCCUGUUACCAUGGUGACGGUCCCAGGGGACACCUGCAGCACUGAGACAGGUCCCUGUUUCCAUGGUGACGGUCCCAGGGGACACCUGCAGUACUGAGACAGGUCCCUGUUUCCAUGGUGACGGUCCCAGGGGACACCUGCAGCACUGAGCCCAGGGUCCCUGUUACCAUGGUGACGGUCCCAGGGGACACCUGCAGUACUGAGCCCAGAGACAGGUCCCUGUUACCAUGGUGACGGUCCCAGGGGACACCAGUGUAUUGACCCAUUCAUCUCCAACUCUGAUCAACACUAAACCUUUGUUUUUUUUUACAUUUACUUUAUAUUUUUGUACUCUUCCACUUAAAGGUAAAUAUGUAUAUUUUGUACUUUUUACUGUACAACCUUUAUUAACAGAUUUUAUUACUAGUUGAAAUGUUUCAUAAAACUCUUUUGUUCUGAUUAAACGUCACAUCGCCUGUUAAGCAGCGGAGGUAAAGCAAGAAUUAUUAAUAUUAUUCAUGAUGUGAGUG